GCCGGCACGCUCCCCACCCCUGGCUUCGUCUCGGCGGAGGGGCGUCGGUGCCGCCGCGCCCAGAUCGCCUCCGCAGUUCCGCUCCCUCUCUUCGCUUGUCUCUCUGCCCCUCUGCCGCGAGUGGCGUUCUGUCUCGAUCCUAUCCAAUGGCGCGACCUCCCGCCGCCAUCUCCCCCAAAAUGUCGCCAUCUCCCGCUAGGGUUUCGCUGAAGCUUGGCUACAUCAUUUUAUACAAGGUCAACUUGAGCAACAGAACAAGAAUGAGAAUGACUGAAGUAGGGGAACCAAAGUGUUUCAGUGAGUAAUCAUUUCAUGAAAUUGCAAGUAUGAAUUUAUCUGCAACCAGCUCAUUCCUUUGUUUCACUCCAUUUCUGUACUUGAAACAGUGCACCGAUCUGAUACAUGAACCCACAGUAUUGGCCUUGAUUCCGCCUGAUAAUGUGUGGGUGUAAUAACACUUGUCAAUGUGCCCCAUACAUGUAUUGAUUAUCAGGCGCCGCAAGACAUGGGCCGUGGGUGCCAAAUGAUCGAAGAGACCAGUCAGCAUCAUGACACUGCUGAAUCUGAUACACUGUGAGUACUGGCCUCCAAGUCGUCUCUCCCACCAGCACUUCAUCUCCUGUUGUUCAAAGCUUCCUCCCACUUGCAGCGGCGAUGCACGAGUAGCAUGAGACUCGCACAAGCUCCUCAUGAUGUCGAGCCGUAGGUCAAGGUCAAGGCAGUCCGGCUCGUCGAGGAUCACCGACGAGCAAAUCAGCGACCUUGUCUCCAAGUUGCAGGACCUCCUUCCCGAGGCGCGUCUCCGGGGCAAUGAUAGAGUGCCAUCUUCAAGGGUGCUGCAGGAGACGUGCACCUACAUCAGGAGCUUGCACCGGGAGGUGGACGACCUGAGCGAGAGGCUGUCGGAGCUGCUGGCGACCUCGGACAUGAGCAGCGCGCAAGCGGCCAUCAUCCGCAGCUUGCUGAUGUAGAGCCGGCUCCCAUGCAGUGCGCAGGCGCCUCGUCGCUGUCUUGCUGAGCGCACAAGCCUGAAUUUGAGCGUUUGUAGCCUAGGGAGCGAUCUUUAAUUAGUACCGGAGUUGCAGGUUACCUACUUAAUCCGCGUGUGUGCGCUGUCGUCGUGUCAUCAUCGUCUUAAUCAGGCCCAUCUUUUUUGUGUGUGUACUUAAAUCAAGUCGUUAAAUCAAACCCCGCCCGUGGUUGGUGCAAGUUGUGCUCUCGCGUGUCGUUUCUGUGUGAUGUGCUGCUUCUAGUGGCGUCGCAGCGCCAA